AUGGACCAAGCUGGGACAGACAUGAAGCCCAAAUUAGAGUUCUUGGCUCUUGCUGAAGAACUUCACUCUUACAUCCUAAGCUUCCUUCCUUGGCAAGAUAUUCUUCGUUGUACAUCUGUAUGCAGGGCCCUUCGCCAGAUAUACGUACUAUCCUCAGAGCUGCAGUACAUUGUAGAACUCGGCGGCCAACGACUACUCCCAGUUCCCAUCACGGAUCUUGGCAACCACACUCCUGUUUCUCAGUGCCUACAACUCCUGAGGGACAAAGCCCACGCAUGGUUGCAGUUUAACCUCCACGCUAGCUCUUUCCAAACAUUCUUUAUACAAGAACAUUUCCACGAAGUGAGGACAUAUAUCGCUGAUGGGCAUUUCUGUCUAUGGUACGAAAGUGAACACUCAGGAAACUGGGCCAAGAUCAUUCCAAUACUGCCGAGUCCCUCACAGCAACCAGUCGAACGACAUUGGUUUUCAGGAUCGCUGUGUCCAGUUCCCAAUGCAUAUAUCGUCGAUGUGUAUAUGGACCCAGCACAAAACCUGAUCGCCAUCGCGUAUGCUGUCAGUCGUAACAUGCUCCAGGAGGGGAGAUUUUAUGUUGACCUUAGAGCCCUGGAUGGAGAUGGUAUUCACCCUCAAGCUGCUGGGCAAACGCUGCUUCUGUCGGUGCUUACCGCACAAGACAGCCAUGACUCAUUCACGGUGACGGAGAAUCUGAAGCUCAAGGGUUUUGGGAGGUAUCUCGCUCUCCAGUGCUCCCCGAUGUUUGAUGAUCCGACCAACACAUCUCGAGUCAUCUGGUGGUUGCAACUUUGGGACUGGCAACACUCAACAACGUCCAAUUGCAACCUCAGUGACGCAAUGUCACAUUUCGAAUUUUCGAUCGAUUUUUGCUUUGUUGGAAACAAUAGGUUGCUGAUGCUCAGCGAUAAUUUCAAGCUUUAUUCAAUUGAGGAUAUGUCCCGGAAACCGCAGUUACUGGCAUGCUACUUGCUGCCUUUUCCAGUGGAGCAUAAAAAGUGUUCCCUGCCCAUCGAUGAUAUUGCGCACGGCUCGCAAUUGCAUAUGCGAGCCCAACAAACGAUGUGGACCUCAGACCCUGGACAUCGAGUGUUAUGCUACGCCACGCUCCUUCCACGGCUCGUCUUCGUCAUUUCCACCAGCAUUUUCUUCGAUUUCGACUCGGAGCGCGUUGGUGAAAAGGCGGUGACAAUACCAUGGCAAAAUUGGGGCCCCACAAAUACCCGUGUGUUCCCAGACUCCUGGAAAGUGUAUGUCAGCGGGAAUCGGGUUCUACAGAUAUUCCCCGUAGGCAUCGGGUCCCGGUAUAGAUUACAUAUGAUGGACUUCAGUCCGUUGGCUGUUGAGCGCCGGCAGGGUCUAGGACGAGUGGUGAGGGAGCCGUCUGAAACAGAAAUUCGUGAUUCCGGGAAGACGUUAACAACAUCUCUGCCUUAUGUCGAGGUUGUGUCCGAUAGAGUCUUUGACCCUAUGGAGUCAAUCGAAAUGUGGGUCGAUGGGGACAGGAUUUAUGUAGCCAAGAUGAUGGACCCGGCGGAUGAUGACCCUGAGGAUCUAAGGAUGGACCGGCUCGAAGUCAUCGAGAUGUCGACCUGUCGUGACCGUAGUAUAGGCAUCCCUGAGCCUGUGUUUGACCAGGCAACCCCAAUAGAAAGCAGUUGA